AUGGUCGGCGGCCUCGCCGGCGAGCGGCGCCUCCAUAGGGACCGGGCGCGGGACGCGGCGGGAACGCGACUGCCCGGCCCGACCCGGGCGCCGGCGAGGGGCUGCGGGGCGCGGGGCGCGGGGCGCGGCGGGGCCACGCGCGGGGGCGCCUCAGGAAACCCUGCUCUCGGCCCCGCCGGGGAUCAGUCCACCAUGUCUGCGUCGGAGCAGGCGAGCGAACCCUCCUCCUCCUCCUCCUCCUCGCGAUCGCCGCCGCUGCCUCCGCCUCUUCCUCCUCCUCCUCCUCCCCGUCCCCCUGUGGCCGCCGAGGGUCGCGGCGCCCAGGCUGCCCGAGCCGCCGCCGUCUGGGCUCGGAUCCGGGAAGCUCCGCGGAGCGGCGGCCGCGGCGGCGACGGGUCUCCUCAUUUGCAUGCGAUUAGCAUGCGCCCCGCCCUGGGCCCGCCCCCACCCGCUCCUCCCCUCGCUCGGCUCAUCUGCAUGCACAUUCCUCGCCGCCACAUUCCAGGGCUUAACCCUGCCGCUCCCGCGGCCCGCUGCGCCGGCCGGGGCGCCGGCCCGAGUCAGGGGCGGAAGGGGGCUGCGGGCCAGGUGGGAGGGAAGACGGAGAAGGAAUGCGCUGCUCGCUGCUUCCCCUUGACCCCAAAUAUCUCUCUACGGCCGAACACUUGGGGUUUUAGAGUUUCGGGACGGGAAAGGCGGCUAAAGAGAAGUCUCCUCAGCCCUCUCCACCGCCUUCCGACUUCUAGGGAAACCACAAGACUUUCGAGAGGAAAGGGGUGGGGAGGCUCUCUUCGGAAGACAAGGUCCCAGCAAACCGAGAAGGCACAAAGGCUCCCCCGCGCCCCCUCGGACCCCGGGGCGUUCCGGGCGGUGGGAAAGUGUGAAAAGCAGAGCCAGCGCUCGAAAGCGCGUCAGUGGCGCGUCCGGGGCGGUGUCGCCCCCGGGGCCUCUGCAGGGCGCCCGGCCCUCCGUGACCUCAGCCUCGCGGCGGAAAGCGAAGGCGGAUCCCGCGGUCCGAGGGCGCCGCGACACGCCUGCCCCGGUGCCCCGCUGCGGGGGGGAAGCUCGGGCCAGACUCGGAGAAGCCACUGCACCCCCUCCCCCCACAAUCCCCCGCCGCGGGCGUCGUCGUCGUCCGCCGCGCGCGGGCCUGGGGCGCUCCACCCGGGGGCCCCGCGCUGGACGUGCACGCGCCCGGGAGCCAGCCCCUUCCGUCCGCCCGCGCCUCGGGAAGUCCCCCACCCGGAGCCCCGCCGAGGCCCAGAAGGUGUGGGCGAGCCCGCUGGCAGGAAAACGCGGCGGCCCGGCGGCCAGGCUUUCCUAGCCCCUGGAUGUGUCCGGGGAGGAACGUGGACUUUCUCUCCUUCCACAAGUAUUUAUUUAUUCAGCAGCUACUACGCCCUGGUCGGCCCUGAGGAGGGUCCGGACGUCGGGCUCCGGGCUGGACGGUGCCACGAGCCGCAGGCCUGGCAGGGCCCGGACACACAGCGUUUGUGCCCCCAGCCCCUCGGUCUGGGAGGGAGCCUCCCAGUCUCCAGACUCCUCUCCAGCCAGGUCUACACCACCGUCCCCCAUUCAUAUUCUUCUGGGUUACUAAGCAGCUGCUUUUAGAGUAAAACAAAAACAAAAACAAAAAAAAACCGGAGGAAGACCCGGAGAUCAUUCACCUUUUGGUGUGAAUUCGCUUAAUCCUGCCAACUAAUUUGUAAAGACUUCCCCACCUUGUGCGGGACGCAGCGCACAGCAAGGGCUUUCAGGGGGUUUGGAACAACGUCCGCCUCCCCUCCUGGGUGCACAGACCGGUCUUCCUCGUUUACACCCAGGAAGGAAACUAGGCUUCGCCCGUAACAAAGGGAAGCCCCCGUCUCCUGGUCCUGUGUUCAGCCCCACUCCAUUGAUCAGGAAGUGAUCACACAAGGCAAGCUUCUCCUGUUCCAGGAUUCCAGGAAAAAGGCCUGGGCUGCGGCCACAGUGGGCGUGGCUCCCAGGCGGGACCGCCCCUCCAGGACCCCCGACGGGGCCCUGCGCUCCUGGCGGCUCCACCCCCGGCGCCCCGCUCCCUCCCGGAAGGCCUCGGAGCAGAGCGGUCCCACCUCCUCGCCCAGAACGGAGCCCGCGUUUCCGCAGAGCUGCAACUCCCGGCUCGGGGUCUCUUCCCUCCGCCGUCACGGAACUGCCCCGGAGCCCGAGGGGAGGGCGGCCUCACUGAGGCUGCCGGCUCUGGAGGGGCCCCGGCGGCCGAAGCCGCGACAGUCGUGGGGACGGCGGGCCGGUUGUUUGAACAAGUAACUUAAAGACAAGAUGGAAAAACAAGGAGGUUUGUGCCUGAGAUCAUGUUGAUGUGAAACCAGGGAUGGCCACCUUGUGCCAGGAGCUGAAGGAGAGAAGCGGGAAAAAUGGAAAACCGCAUACGGCCUUUUUGGCCAAUGGCAUCAUUGGCGAAGUUCAGGAGCUUUUCAUGUGCUUUCAUGGCCGCACCGCACAGCAUGGGGGAACCUAGUUCCCUGACCAGGCAUUGAACCCACACACCCUGCAGUGGAAUCACGAGUUCCCAACCACUGGACUGCCAGGGAAGUCACUGUCCUUUAUUAUAAAAAG